AUGUCCAAACGCCUCGAUUUUUAUCUCGACAAUAUAACUGAAGACUGGACGUGUCUCAAAGUAAUAGGCUUUUACCGUACAAAAAUAAAACGAAAGGGUUUGAAAGAAGUACUGAGUUCUAUACAUAAAGAUCUUCGAGAUAUUGCAAAUUCUAAUCCUAGAUUUGACGCGACAAAGAAGAAAAAAGCUCGGGAAAUACUAGAUAACUGGAAAGUUCGACGCUUUGUGCAAGCUGGGACUUUAGGUCUUACAAGGACAGGGCCCUUGAACUGGACCGCACCACUAAAGAACUUUAAAAAAGAUUGUGCACGAAUCAAAGUCGAUUUUAUGAAGGUAAGACAGAUAAACCAAUUUUCAACCGGAGAUGGAACAUACAACGACAAUCGUCAGGGGAAACAUCUUCGAGAUGUGGAUGAUGAUGAAAAAAAGAUGAGUACUGAAGGAGCUACAAUUCCGGCAAAAAAGAACGAGAAGUGGGAGAGUAGUUGUACCGGAUUAUCGUGGAUUACUUACAGCUACGGAUGUCGGAACUUUCUCCAAAAAACUACAUACGAAGAUGAAAACCCCUCUCAAGAAAACGAAGAGGAAGCAACGACCGAGGAUUCUUUUGAAAAUUGCUCCCAAGGAAAUGAUGAGAAGAGAACUAUUCAAGAUGAUAUUAUAACAGAUAUCUUAGGAAAUACUGAACUCUCAGACGCAUCAAAAGAAAUUUUUACGAUUUAUAAAGCGCAAUACCCUGAUGGCGAUCUAAUUGAUCUCCGACUGAAAUCGCCCUUUUUAAAAAAAACUUUCAAGACAAAUAGCAACAUCGUAUCUAACGGAAUUGGAUACCAUGACAGAGACGUUGGUCCCCCACCCGAAAAAGAUGAUUUUAUAAUGAAUGCAGUGGUACGAAUUAUACGUCGUACAUUGCCACAAUUUAUUAAAGCAUUUUCACUCGAAGAACAGAAUCCACUUUUAAAUAUUGCCACAAUAGAACAUGCGCAUCUUAAUGCUUUCGUUCACCCGUGUCUUGACGCUUCUUUAUGGUACAUUGCUGGUAUACACUAUGAAUUCGGCGAGAUAACGUCGAAAAAUCACACUAAUGGUAAUCGAGCUGAUGGAGUUGGUUACAUGACGGAUGCUGAUAAGUAUCAGCUCAUUUAUGUUGAAGGCUCGAGACCAGUAACAAAAGAUAAAAAGGAAACCGAUGACAUCAAAAAAAUAACAGAUAAUUUAAAGAAUAUAUUCGCGAAUAUUGUAAAGGAAACCAUCAAAAGCAGGCAACGUUUACCAAAGAAGUUGUAUGUAUUCGGUGGCCAAAGUUUUCGUCUUCGGAUAUAUUUAUACUUUCUUGAUCAUUGUGGAACGUAUAGAUUAAACGAGAUUGAUAAUGCCAAUCUUCCUCGGAAAUUUUCUGAAAUGAAAAAUUUCGUUUAUUUCUAUGAAAGUGUAUUGAAAUGGUCGUUAUUGGUUCGUGAUGUUACAGCAUCCUUUGAUGAUGCAAGAGCUGAACAAAGACCUUCGCGACUUUCGUAUGCAAACGCUCUUCUCCAGUUGGAUUGA